AGUAGAUCCUGAUCUACUGCUUGAUGACCACUGCCUUAGACUGACAAGAGAGCUAAAGCCAGCAAGGAAUUCCAUGGGAGCUUGGCUAGGUGGAAGGCUUGCUUGGUCAGAAUGCACUAGGUCUUAACCUUUAUUUCUGUAUGCUAACCUAACCAUGUCCAGAUGCUGUCUUUCAAUUGGCUAAUAAAUUCUGUGUUUUGAAGAAAGCUCCCUAGUGUGUCUGCAAAUACUUCCUGUGGUACGUGAGUACGUGUACAGCAAGAGUUUUAUUUAAGUUGGACUUGGUGGGUGGAGCUCAUGAUGUAAUGCAAGAGUGCUCAAGCCCGGAGGCUCGUUCUAAGAGGCUGUGAGGUCACAUGGCCUGCACUUUAGGUAGGGUGGAACCUCUUGGAUAGGAUUUCCCCAAGGGACUAUUUAAAAGCUGGAGGAUAACACAGUUCCUGUGGAUCCGUGACAGCAGGAUAAAGCUCUGCUCUUUUCUCGUUCAUUCAACUCAAAUAUUGAGAUUUUGAAAAAAGCUCAGUCACUUUCAUAAUACUGGCUAUAAUAUUCCUUAAAACAAUUGCUUGGUGUUUUGGAAAACAAGCCGUAUUGCUGCACGUGUGAAGUAUUCUGUUGGGAUAAUAGCAUAGACAUGCAGUGCCUUUAAUACUGAUUCAAUAUACUAAACUAACAAGGUUUCACAGGUGGUUUAAUUUCAAUAGAAUUUUUUUUUUUAUUUUAGUGAGCUGAGUUCUGGAGAUGGAGGUUGGUAAUUCAAAGAAGCACCUUGUGCUACUCCACUGAUCUGUAGCUUCGGAAGGCCUGUUGAUCUAGAAAAAGAUGACUACCAGAAGGUUGUAUGCAACAAUGAACAUUGUCCUCACAGCACCUGGAUGCACCUUCAAUGUUUUUACGAGUGGGAAAGCAGCAUUCUUGUUCAGUUUAACUGCAUUGGCAGAGCAAGGAGUUGGAAUGAAAAACAGUGUCGUCAGAAUAUGUGGACAAAGAAGGGAUAUGAUCUUGCUUUUCGCUUUUGCUCCUGCCGAUGUGGGCAGGGUCACUUAAAGAAAGACACAGAUUGGUACCAAGUGAAACGGAUGCAGGAUGAGAGGAAGAAAAAGUCUGUGUCAGAGAAGAGCACAGGAAGGUCCAUGGCAGAGUCUAUGGAAGAUGCUAAAAAGUGUAGGCCUGUCAACAAACCACAAAAAGGCCUAAAUCAUGACAUCCAGCGAAGGCAUUCAAUGGACAGGCAGAACUCUCAAGAGAAAGGCAUAAUUAGUGGGAGCUAUGCAGUUCGUUCUCCCUGUGGCUCUCCUGGCCAGUCCCCUCCUACAGGUUAUUCUAUACUUGCCCCUGCACAUUUUAGUGGCCCCCGUUCUUCACGAUACCUAGGAGAAUUUCUAAAGAAUGCAAUUCACUUAGAACCUCAUAAAAAGAACAUGACUGGUGGUGGCAUGUUCAGAAAUGCCCAUUUUGAUUAUGGGGCAUCUGGUUUGCAAGUGCAUAGGUCAGGACAUUUUGAUGCUCCUGUACAAUUUUUGAGAAGGCUUGACCUAUCUGAAUUACUUACUCAUAUACCCAGACAUAAAUUGAAUACUUUCCACGUACGGAUGGAAGAUGAUGCCCAAGUAGGUCAAGGGGAGGACCUACGGAAAUUUAUUCUUGCAGCACUUAGUGCCAGCCACCGGAAUGUUGUAAACUGUGCGCUGUGCCAUAGGGCACUGCCAGUAUUUGAACAGUUUCCGCUAGUGGAUGGCACCCUGUUUCUUAGUCCAUCAAGACAUGAUGAAAUUGAAUAUGAUGUUCCCUGUCACCUUCAAGGAAGGCUUAUGCACCUCUAUGCUGUUUGUGUUGACUGCUUAGAAGGGGUUCACAAAAUUAUCUGCAUUAAGUGCAAAUCCCGAUGGGAUGGAAGCUGGCAUCAACUGGGAACCAUGUAUACUUAUGAUAUUCUGGCAGCCUCUCCCUGUUGUCAGGCUCGACUGAACUGUAAGCACUGUGGAAAGCCAGUAAUAGAUGUACGGAUCGGGAUGCAGUAUUUCUCUGAAUACAGCAACGUCCAGCAGUGCCCGCAUUGUGGAAAUCUAGACUACCACUUUGUGAAGCCAUUCUCUUCAUUUAAAGUUCUGGAAGCUUAUUGACGAAAGCUUUGCUUUAGUAAUAGCUAUUUUAUGGGUAUUACUACUUUAUUAGACACCUUUUUAUAGGAUCCGUUCUGUGACAAAAUUAAUUUCUUUUCUAACUGAAAGAGCAGCUUCUUUGUGUGUCUGUGUACAUAUGUAUUAAUAUGUAUAUGCGUGUUACUAAGACCUGGUCCUCCUGACAAGAUUUCAGCAAAAGGUGGAGGCAAGUCGGUUAAUGCCAAGAGUGGGGGAAAUUUCAUCUUAAAUGGUUUGAUUUUAAUUUUUGUAUCAUCACAGAAGAGUUUAGAGGGGUGCAAAGGUUUUUAGAAGAGGAGCCCAGUUGGAAUAUGGAAGAUUUUGUUGACUCACCACACUUAGGGUUGGGUUAAAGGGGAAAUCUUCAAGAAGAUUCCAAUCUUGCUACCACUGAUUUCUGUAGGAUCUUUGCCAUUGGCUUCAAUGGGAGCAGGAUUAGACCUUAAAAAACAGUUACUCUAGCUGGUCUGCUUCCCAGAAUUGGGUAAACUAAAAUAUUGUGACGAGUGAAUGUAAAUCUGUGCCAGAAAAUGCAACCUUAAAAAUUUUUGGCAUGGUGUCUUCCUGCAAUAUGUAUUUGAUAUGAGUUACCCUUGCUGACAGAUUGACAGAGAUAGUACUGUUGUAUGGAGAUACACUGGUGGAAACAGAACUUGUAAUUUUAGCAGUCAGGUCAAUUCUUUAUACCAAAACAAGCUUGAGAUUUUAAUACACUUCAUUUAAAGUUAUUUGCUUUGCAGAUAUUUUUAGAACUUUGUUGUGAUGAACAGAAGGAACAUAUAGGAAGAUGUGGUCCGUUGAAAACUAAUUAUGAAGGGGUAGGUGUAUGCACAUGUGUGGUGGGAUUGGAACUUUACAGACAGCAUAUAUGAGGCUGGUAUGACUGACCUGUAAAAAGGAUCUUGAAAAGUAUGAUCUCAGCAGAGUCAGAUCUGUGAGCACUGUGAGAAAUUUGUGCCAUCUUAAUAUAAGAAUUUGUCAUGACUUUAUUUCAAAGUUCAGUACAUUUUCCGAAAUAGCCUUUGCACCUUAGUCUUACAAAGGUAAGCAAAUCUAGAGAUUGCCCAGUCGAUUUUGAGGACUUGGAAACAAUGUGUAUUUUUAAAAAUUUAGUAUAAUUCUUUACAUUCCCGUAUCUAAUAAACUAUACCAGACAAUGAACUGGUAUGAGAAGAGUUGCCUCCAUAGAGUUUGCCAAUGUUCUUUUAUCGUUUCCCUUUCUUCUUUGCAAGAAUUUUUAAAAGUUCAUGAGUCUGAUCUUAAAGAGUCAAGUAAUAAUCUAAAUAUUUUGAUACCAUGUUCAUCACUAUGGUAUCUCUUGUCACGUGACUGCCUAUUGAGAUGGCAUAAUUAUUACAUAAAAAAACCUAGCAGUAUUUAAGUGGUCAGACACUGUUUAUAGAACAAAAUAUAGAUUUCUCCAGAUUAAUUGUUCAUAAUAUUUAUUGCAAGUAUGAAUUUAAAAUGGCUUUGAUAUCCUGCAUAUCCUUUAAAACAACAAAAAAAGAAAAAAACCCAAAAUGGGAAACAAAACGGUUAAAUAUUGACUGUUUUCUAACUUUUUA